GAGCUCGGUGAUGCUAAAGCGGCGUCUCAGGUGAAGGCGGGAGCGGGAGAGAGCGCGCCAACUCUACCUUCAACCGCCUGGAACAAGCGGCUAAAAGAAGGCGGAGCUGCGGCGCGCUUACUGAUUGGUUUUUGUAACCCAAGUUGCGUGUGAUUGGCGGAACGACUAUGGGACAUCACAGGGCGCCAGAAUAGAAGCUGCAGUGGGUUGUGGAAUUCAGCAAAGUUUACGAUGAGAUCUGGGGAGCUGUCGAUAGGAAAGUUUGAUAUUUUUACGCGCGCUGGGUAGGAAAGGAUUCUACAAACGGGUGCUUGGUUGGACCAAUUGCUUGCAACUUCAUUGGGAAUUUUACUUCCAUGGGAGAGAAACGAUUUCUCCUACUUCUGUUUAAAGAUGGAGGUAACGACCUGUUUGACGCUAAAAGAUCUGAUCAGCACGAAAAAACCCAAAUCAGACCCAGUGACAGACGGAAGAAGCGCCUAUAAAGAGAAUAUGUUUGAUCGGUUCAAGAUCAGCCCAAGGUUACCAUUAAGAAGUGAGCCAAUUGAUUUAUCGAAGCAUAAGAGUUUUACCCCAGAAAGAAUUCCAGUCACGCCUGUGAAAGUGGCUGAGAGGCCUCAAGCUGAUCCUUGGACCCCCACAGCCAAUCUGAAGAUGCUAAUAAGUGCUGCAAGCCCAGAAAUCAGGGACAGAGAAAAGAAAAAAGAACUCUUCCGCCCCAUUGAAAAUAAUGGGAUCGAGAAAACGGACACUGAUUUACAACUGAUGGAUUGUGUUGAUGAUAUCGAUGAUUUAGAAAAGAGGCCUAGUAGAAAGCAAAAAAGUUUAGGUCUCUUGUGCCAAAAGUUUUUGGCCCGCUAUCCCAGCUACCCUAUUUCAACUGAAAAAAUGACCAUAUCCUUGGAUGAAGCCGCUUCUAGCCUUGGGGUGGAACGAAGGCGUAUUUAUGAUAUUGUCAAUGUACUGGAAUCUCUGCAUCUUGUCGGCCGUGUGGCCAAAAACCAAUACUGUUGGCACGGACAACAUAACUUGAAUGAGACACUAAGUGACUUACAACGGGUUGGAGAAAAACAAAAUUACAGAGCGCAAAUAGCUUGCUUUCACUUCAAAGACAUGGGAAUGGAAUACAAGUGCGAUGAACAGAAAAAAGGCUGUAACAUGGAUCAGCAGAAUACCCCUUUCAUAGAACUGUCUGAAGCAGACUGUCCUUCAGUAUCCUCAAGCAGCCGCAAGGACAAGUCUUUGCGUAUCAUGAGUCAGAAGUUUGUCAUGCUAUUUCUUGUAUCUACAACAAAGAUAAUCUCUCUGGAGAUUGCUGCCAAGAUCUUGAUUGAAGAGAGCCAGGAUGCUGCUGAUCACAGCAAAUUUAAAACAAAAGUCCGAAGGCUGUAUGACAUUGCCAAUGUUCUGACUAGUCUGGGACUUAUAAAGAAAGUGCACGUUACAGAUGAGAGAGGACGAAAACCUGCUUUUAAGUGGAUUGGUCCUGCUGAUUUCAGUGCGGGUGUUGAAGACCAGAAAAUGGAAGUUACAACAACGACCCCAUCACCAGAUUCAAAAAAAGAAGCAUGUAGCCUGUCUCCAGCAUCAGAUCGAGUCAAACAGAGACUUUUUCGACACUCGUCUUUCAACGUAGUUCAGUCCUUCACCGAUGUAAAGAGGAAAGUUUGCUCUCAGCCAUGCAGUCCCCAGAAACCUCAAGGUGUUGAAAGCAGUGACAGUUAUGCCUCAAAGAUGGCCCAUCUAGCAACUAUAUAUAAACAGAAGACUGAAGAAGAUUCAAAGCAUAUAAGUUCUACUUCAAGGAAUGGAAGUACAGGAAAUGCUGCACUGCCUUUCUCUGUUGUUGUCCCUGUUCCAGUGAAAUCUGAUUAUUGUGUACAACCUGUAGUUCAUGAAGUACCUCACAAAACAAUUCAUGAGCCAUUAAGCAUAGUGCCACCUUCCCAGUCCCAUGAAGAGUGCACAAACCAUGGUUUUGUCCCUAACCAGCCAUACAUGUAUCUUCCCUCAAAUUCAGUCAUUAUGCUUUGUGGAAACCUAUCAGAAGGAAAAGCCAGUGAACAGCUGGCUAAGAGUUUACAUCUAGUCCCAGGCAGUGACUUUCCUACAUCCGAAGAAAGCAAUACAUCUAAACAAGAAAGGCCAACAAAACGGCAACAUACUGGCAAAGAUGAUGCACCUCUGUCUCUAGUCUUACCAAAGAAAUCCAGAUUGCAUGAUACCCAGUCGCUAUGGAAAACAGUCUGUAAACCCACAACGCCAGAGCAGUUGCACCAUGUUUCCAGUGGGAAAGAGUAUAACACAGAACCAGGCACAAAGCCCAAUAAUUUGGGAGAGCACACUGAACAAGUUGGUAGCACACUACUGCCUUCUGACCAUGUUCAUGUACAGCCUGCUGUGCCACCACAGUUCCUCUACGUUCCCACAACAGCAGGUCUCAAUGGCUUCAAUUUUCUAGUUCAUGCAAAUCAUUCUGUUGGUCUUUCUCCAAGUCAGCUAGCGUCCCUUAACGUUCCCUAUGUGAUGGUACCAUCUUCAGCGUUGACCGCAUUCCCUUUUAUUUGCUCUCCUGCUGUGCCUUCUGGUGCCAAUUGCUCCUCUUCAAAUGGAGGCAUGAAUUUCAGCCAAGCUGGCACAUCAUCACCCACUCAUCUUACGAUUGGUGCCUCACAGAUGGCUGCCCCCCGGCUGUUUGAGGCUGCUGUAGAUCAGGCAAAGAAUUCUUCCCCACUGAGUACGAGCACUGGAUCGGGAAUGUGUGGUGGUUCUAAAGCAGACUCCCAUGACUGUUUGAGUCAGUCAGUGCACAAUGCAAAAUUGCAUAAGUCGCCAACACCCUCAACUCCAAAAAGCAUUCGUCCAAUUCACAAAGAUGCCUUCUUCAAAACUCCAGGUAGUCUAGAUGUGUCCUCUUCCAGGAAACGACAAAGGACCCAAACCAGAACUUCCAGCUCUGCACAAAGGAAACUGGAUAUAGACAGCAGUGUAGUCAACUAAGGGGACACAACUGCACUACUCCACCACUUGAGAAGAAAUCACCAGCAAACCACAGUUUUGUGUAGGCUUACACAAAGACCCAUCCAUAGCUAGAAAUACUUUUAUUUGCUGCUUUAAAAUAAAGAGAUGAGCCUGCAAUCACUGGUUAAAAGUGACUGUUGUGAUUUGGCAAAAGCACAAAAUAUUACGAGCACUUAAAUAACUUUUUUUGCUUUCAUGGUAGCUUGUGGCUGUUACAGUUAGGGAUGCACCAAAUACACUAUUUUAGGAUUUGGCCGAAUCCUUUUGUGAAAGAUUCAGCCGAAUACCGAAAGAAAUCCUAAUUUGCAUGUGUAAAUUAGUGGAAAUAGAACCACACGCAAAGUAUGCAGUUAAAAAAUUUUGACUUUGUUUAUGCAAUGAAAAGUCAUGUGAUUAUUUUUUUUUGGAUUCAGUUCGGCCAGGCACUUUGAUUCGGCUGAAUCCUGGAUUCAGUGCGUUCCUAGUUAGUCUGUGUUUACAAGCCUGAUUGCUUGAUGUGAAAUGAGUUUGGACUUAUGGCUGGUACGCACUCCAUCCUACAAUGCCUUGAAUCUGGAUGCCUGAAAACCAACUCCAAAGACUCAUGCUAUCGCCAAGCUGUGGUAACAUAGACAUUGUACUUGAAUAUAAAUGUAUUCUCAUUUUUGUAACCCUUAUUUUAGUACCAGCCCUCCUGAAUUUAAGGGUAUUUUAGUGGUAAAGAAUGUAACUUCCUUUGAACAUUAAGACCAAAUUAACUGUGAAUCAUAUUCUAUAUUUUUAUAGAAUAAGGUGUUUACAUGGUAUAUAAUUUAGCUGUGAUAAUAUUUCUAAUAAUUUUAGUGUUGCCAUAUUUUCAUGGCUUAUUGUCAUUUUUUUUUUUAAUUGAGUGCUAUCCUAAAAUUCUGCGGUUCAUUGUGUCCUCAAAUAUAUAAUUGGUUAUUAAUUAUUGUAUUUAAACAGCCAUUUAAAGUAUUUGUAUGUAUGUCAGAACUAAAAUAGGCAACCUAUUUGGGUGGUUUCAACUUGUGUAUGAAAUUUACAUAAAACAAAGAUGAUUUUAAACUGUAAAGCGGUGUUGCUGACCCCUGGAAUCCUAUGGGACAAAAGUCCUUUUGGAAAAUUAUGAACCACUUGAUCAUACUUUUAAAAAAAAGACACUACAAUAGCACUCUUGUUCACGUUCUGGUCUUUCAUUUUUCUGGUUGUCUUUACCAAUGAACACACUUUUCAGAAUUACAUUCCUUGUAAUAUUUAAGUUAAUCUUAAAUAUGCCUUUGGUUUUUACCAGAUACUGUCACUAGUAGGCAAUGUGUUUGCACUGAUAAUGCUGUAAUAAUUAUGCACUAGGAUUCUAUGAGCUUAAACUGCUAAACCUCAGCAACAAGUAUUAACAGGGCUUUCUUUAAAUACUUGUAUCUACCAUGUUUACAUUCUCAACAGUCUCCUCUAAAGGAAAUGGUGCUAUUUUCCGUAUUUUUAUCCAAAGCUGUUUAGUAUGAUAAUGCACUGUUAAGUCUAUAUGUUUUGGUUUUGUACUGCUACUUGAGCGUUUUUCUUAUGUGCAAAUUAUUGCCACAUUUCCGAAGUACCUCUGGCUCAAUAAAGACAACCAUAAAAAAAAGGGAAUUUGUUUCAUUGCAACAAGAGGUUUGUGACUUUAUGGUUAGAUUCAUUAAAUGGCUACCAUAACCUAA